GCGCUCUCACUCCCAGCCCAGAGCUGCGGCCGCGUAGGUCCCACCCGCGCCCAGGGGCCGGAGAUGCAGCCGGGCGCCGCACUGAGCCUGCGCCUGUGGCUCUGCCUCGGACUCCUCCACGGCCUGGCAAAUGGUUACUCCAUGACCCCUCCAACCCUGAACAUCACAGAGGAGUCAUAUGUCAUUGACACCGGGAACAGCCUAUCCAUAUCCUGCAGGGGGCAGCACCCCCUUGAGUGGACCUGGCCAGGGGCACAAGAGGUACUGACCACAGGUGGGAAGGACGGUGAGGAUACACAGGUUGUGCGAGACUGUGAAGGCACAGAAGCGAGGCCCUACUGCAAGGUGCUGCUGCUGGCCCAGACCCACGCCAACAACACGGGCAGCUACCACUGCUACUACAAGUACAUCAAGGCCAGAAUUGAGGGCACCACGGCUGCCAGCACCUAUGUGUUUGUAAGAGACUUCGAACAGCCCUUCAUCAACAAACCGGACACACUCCUGGUCAACAGGAAGGACUCGAUGUGGGUGCCCUGCUUGGUGUCCAUCCCUGGCCUCAACAUCACACUGCGCUCGCAAAGCUCAGUGCUGCACCCUGAUGGGCAGGAGGUGCUGUGGGAUGACCGCCGAGGCAUGCGGGUACCCACACUGCUGCUGCGGGAUGCCCUGUACGUGCAAUGCGAGACCACCUGGGGUGACCAGGACUUCCUUUCCAAUCCCUUCCUCGUGCACAUCACAGGCAAUGAGCUCUAUGACAUCCAGCUGUUCCCAAAGAAGUCACUGGAGCUGUUGGUUGGAGAGAAGCUGGUUUUGAACUGCACGGUGUGGGCUGAGUUCAACUCGGGUGUCACCUUCGACUGGGAUUAUCCAGGGAAGCAGGCAGAGCGGGGUAAGUGGGUACCUGAGCGGCGUUCCCAGCAGACUCACACAGAACUCUCCAGCAUCCUGACCAUCCACAAUGUCAGCCAGCAUGACCUGGGCCCCUACGUGUGUGAGGCCAACAACGGCAUUCAGCGGUUCCGGGAAAGCACGGAGGUCAUUGUGCAUGAAAAGCCCUUCAUCAGUGUCGAUUGGCUCAAAGGACCUGUCCUGGAAGCCACGGCCGGAGACGAGCUGGUGAAGCUGCCUGUGAAGCUGGCAGCUUAUCCCCCACCGGAGUUCCAAUGGUACAAGGACAGAAAGGCAGUGACUGGGCGUCACAAUCCACAUGCUCUGGUGCUCAAAGAGGUGACCGAGGCCAGUGCCGGCAUCUAUACUCUCGCCCUGUGGAACUCUGCAGCUGGGCUGAGGCAAAACAUCAGCCUGGAGUUGGUGGUGAAUGUGCCUCCCCACAUCCAUGAAAAGGAAGCCUCCUCACCCAGCAUCUACUCCCGCCACAGCCGCCAGACCCUCACCUGCACGGCCUAUGGGGUACCCCAACCUCUCAGUGUCCAGUGGCACUGGAGGCCCUGGACACCCUGCAAGACGUUUGCCCAGCGCAGCCUCCGGAGGCGGCAGCAGAGGGAUCGCAUGCCACAGUGCCGAGACUGGAGAGAGGUGACCACCCAGGAUGCUGUCAACCCCAUCGAGAGCCUGGACACCUGGACCGAGUUUGUGGAGGGGAAAAAUAAGACGGUGAGCAAGCUGGUGAUCCAGGAUGCCAAUGUGUCAGCCAUGUACAAGUGUGUGGUCUUCAACAAAGUGGGCCAGGAUGAGCGUCUCAUCUACUUCUAUGUGACCACCAUCCCGGACGGCUUCAGUAUCGAAUCAGAGCCUUCCGAGGAUCCCUUAGAAGGCCAGUCCGUGCGCCUCAGCUGCCAAGCGGACAACUACACCUACGAGCAUCUGCGCUGGUACCGGCUCAAUCUCUCCACGCUACACGAUGCUCAAGGGAACCCUCUACUCCUCGACUGCAAGAACGUGCACCUGUAUGCCACGCCCCUAGCGGCCAACCUAGAGGAGGCGGAGCCCGGGGCCCGCCACGCCACCCUCAGCUUGAAUAUCCCCCGAGUGGCCCCCGAGCACGAGGGUGACUACGUGUGUGAGGUGCAGGAUAGGCGCAGCCAAGACAAGCACUGCCACAAGAAGUACCUGUCCGUGCAGGCUCUGGAAGCUCCUCGGCUCACGCAGAACUUGACUGACCUCCUGGUGAACGUGAGCGACUCGCUGGAGAUGCGAUGCCCGGUGGCCGGAGCGCAUGUGCCCAGUAUUGUGUGGUACAAAGAUGAAAGGCUCCUGGAGAAAGAGUCUGGAAUCGACCUGGCAGACUCGAAUCAGAGGCUGAGCAUCCAGCGCGUGCGUGAGGAAGAUGCGGGCCAUUAUCUGUGCAGUGUGUGCAAUGCUAAGGGCUGUGUGAACUCCUCGGCCAGCGUGGCAGUGGAAGGCUCCGAAGAUAAAGGCAGCAUGGAGAUUGUGAUACUGAUUGGCACUGGCGUCAUCGCUGUCUUCUUCUGGGUCCUCCUCCUCCUCAUCUUCUGCAACAUGAAAAGGCCUGCCCAUGCAGACAUCAAGACGGGCUACCUGUCCAUCAUCAUGGACCCCGGGGAGGUGCCUUUGGAGGAGCAGUGUGAAUACCUGUCCUAUGACGCCAGCCAGUGGGAGUUCCCCAGGGAAAGGUUACACCUCGGGAGAGUCCUAGGCCAUGGGGCUUUCGGGAAGGUGGUGGAAGCCUCUGCUUUUGGCAUCAAUAAAGGCAGCAGCUGUGACACCGUGGCCGUGAAGAUGCUGAAAGAGGGCGCUACUGCCAGCGAGCACCGUGCCCUGAUGUCAGAGCUCAAGAUCCUAAUUCACAUCGGGAACCACCUCAAUGUGGUCAACCUCCUGGGGGCGUGCACCAAGCCCAAUGGCCCUCUUAUGGUGAUCGUGGAAUUUUGCAAGUAUGGCAACCUCUCCAACUUCUUGCGUGCCAAACGGGAGGCGUUCAGCCCCUACGCGGAGAAGUCUCCUGAGCAACGCAGGCGCUUCCGCGCGAUGGUAGAAGGCGCCAAGGCUGAUCGGAGGAGACCUGGAAGCAGCGACAGGGCACUGUUCACGCGGCUCCUGAUGGGCAAGGGAGGAGCACGGAGGGCCCCCCUUGUCCAAGAAGCUGAGGACCUAUGGCUGAGCCCAUUGACCAUGGAAGACCUUGUCUGCUACAGUUUCCAGGUGGCCCGGGGAAUGGAGUUCCUGGCUUCCCGCAAGUGCAUUCACAGAGACCUGGCUGCUCGGAACAUCUUACUGUCAGAAAGUGACAUAGUGAAGAUCUGCGACUUUGGUCUUGCCCGGGACAUCUACAAAGACCCUGACUAUGUCCGAAAGGGCAGUGCUCGACUGCCUCUGAAAUGGAUGGCCCCCGAGAGCAUCUUUGAUAAGGUGUACACCACGCAGAGUGAUGUGUGGUCCUUUGGUGUACUGCUGUGGGAGAUUUUCUCCCUGGGGGCCUCUCCAUACCCUGGGGUGCAGAUCAACGAGGAGUUCUGCCAGCGACUGAAGGACGGCACACGAAUGAGAGCCCCGGAGCUGGCCACCCCCGCCAUACGCCACAUCAUGCAGAGCUGCUGGUCUGGAGACCCUAAGGCAAGGCCUGCUUUCUCCGAGCUGGUGGAGAUCCUGGGAGACCUGCUUCAGGGCGGAGGCUGGCAGGAAGAGGAAGAGGAAUGCAUGGCCCUGCACAGCUCCCAGAGCUCGGAGGAGGGUGGCUUCAUGCAGACGUCCACCACAGCUCUGCACAUCACCGAAGCUGAGCCUGAGAGUAGUCCUUCCAGUAUGCAUUGCCACAGCCUGGCAGCCAGAUAUUACAACUGUGUGUCCUUUCCCGGGUGCCUGACCAGAGGAACUCAGACUCCAGGUUCCUCCAGGAUGAAGACGUUUGAAGAAUUCCCCAUGACCCCUACAACCUACAAAGCCUCCGUGGAUAACCAGACAGACAGCGGGAUGGUGCUGGCCUCGGAGGAGUUUGAGCAGAUAGAAAGCAAACAUAGACAAGAAGGCAGCUUCAGCUGUAAAGGUUCUGGCCAGCACAUGGAUAUCCCCAGAGGACAUCCUGACCCCCAGGGAAGGCGGCGGCGGCCCACCCAAGGGGCACAAGGAGGCAAGGUGUUUUACAACAGCGAGUACGGGGAGGUCUCCCAGCCAUGCGAAGAAGGCGACUGCUCCCCAUCUGCUGGCUCCCCCUUCUUCACAGACAGCAGCUACUAAGGAAACACUCGGCAAGGCCUCCGACCCCUUGCUGAAACCAGGCUCUGACAGCUGGGGCUAGAGGGCAUCCCUAGCAGGGCAAGGCUGGAGGCCCAGGCUGGGAAUUCAUCUCUAGCUCCAACUCUGGAGUUGUCUAUUCCCCCUCUCCAGCCUCCCUAGCCAGGAAGAGUCAAAGUCAGACACAGGGCUCCCUUGAACUCUGGGCCAUUCCUGUGCCCUUCACCAGACAGUCACCCGCACCCUCACGUUCAGUUGCCUCGGAGCUCAGGAUUGGCAGGUGCUGGCCCUCGAAUGAGCACUCUGGCAGAGACCCUUCUACAGGACCGACUUUCACUACCCUGGUGGAUGGCAGGGUUCUAAUAAAGAACGCAUGUGUCUGGGAGUCACACAGAGGACCAAAGUGGAGUUAGACCACACAGCCUCCACGUCCUGGCCCAAACACGAUCCCCUCCACUUGAAGACCCCCGCUUCCAUCUGUCUUCCUGCUUCUUUCUCCUGGCCCUCCAGGGCUGAAGAGAGAAGGUGACAUUUCCAUUUCAGAGUCCUCUAAACACCUAACGAGCUCAUGGCAGCUGUGUGUACGCAAUGACAAAUCACAAUGAAGCCGCACCUCCGCCCUGAGUGCUAGAAGAUCCUUGUUUUAUCGAAGGUCAGAUGCUGCUGUGAAGAAUUUAUUCUCCAAAGAGUCAUGUGGAAAGAAGCCUAAGGACACCCUUCUGAAGCUCCUAACAACUGAGGGGGUGGUCAUAGCACUCCAGUCACUCCAGUUCUUGGUCUCUCUCUCUUGAAGGCUCCCAGGCUCCACGUGCAUGGCCUAGAUCCUGAGAAACCGGCUGGUGUUCUGGACCUCCCUUGAGCCAGGAUCUGUGGAUUCUGUCAAGGAAGGCUUCAGGGGCUGGCACAGAGGACCACAUGGCCUGGGGCCAUUCCGCCAUCACCCCAUGUCCCCAGGCUACUUGGAGGCCCCUGCCUUCUGCUAGCCCUAUACUUGGACCUGAUACUUACACAGAAACAAACCAAACCUUUGUCCUGAGACACCGCUCCAUGGAAGCUGGGACCUUCCUGCCCAGAACCCCUCCAGCCGAGCUCACACUGCCCAACCAUCACUACCAGAGGAAAGCCUCACAAAGAUGAGUCCCAUCAACCCCCAGCCCCACCCCAACAAGAACGCUUGCAGGACAGGCGACCAUACAGCAAGCCGGGGCUUGCUCAGCAGACCCUCCCCACUAAGUGUAUGUUGUUCUUCUAUGAUAUGUUGAAUGCAUGUAUGAUUCUAGUCUUCUUUGUGCCUGGGGGCCCUCCCCCAGCCCCAUUCCUCCACGCCUAACCUGUCUGUGGGACUGAGUCUCAAGCUUGCCUCGUGGAAGUAAGAGAGACUGUCCUCUCGGAGGACCAAAGGCUGCGGUGGGUUUGCAGAGCCCUUGUCAACCUCCUCCACGUGUGUGUCACCUGUCCGCGUCACCUCUCCUGACUUCUAACUACACACAUACAAAAUGUACUGGGGAAGAAAAUGUACUCUGCCCUUUUAGGCAGUGUUCUCAGAAAUGAUCUAAGAUAUUUAACGGAAGAUAAUAAUAAAUUUGAUGCCAGUCCUUGAGUUAAAACGAAUGGAUUCUAAAUAA